AUGCGAAUUGCGACUUGGCCUUUCGUCCUCUCGCUGUUUCUUUUUGGGGUAUGUGCCAAUCAUUUUUGACAUUGACGUUUCGUUUUUUUCUUCAGACGACAGCGAUUCAUGGUGCAUCAGAUGAGAAUGAACUUAUAGGACAUCCAGAGAUCAAAUGCAAUGCGGAUACAAUUGACAUGCAGUUCAAAACUAAAAAACAGUUUUCAGGCAACUUUUUUUGUUAUUUUGAAUGAUUUGAUUUACAAUCAGAGUUUUCGAAAUAUUCUUCUGCGAGUGACCCAAACGACGAAGUUUUGAAAAUCGAAAAUUGUAAUUUCCAGGAAAAGUCUACGUGAAAGGUAGUUUCAACCGACCAGAGUGCCGGGUAGACUACAGUUCCCACGACAAAGAUGGAAGGCCAUUGGGAGGAAUCAAACUCAACCACGGCGCUUGCAACAUGGACCGCCAAAGAAUGGUUAAGAGAAAUCAUCGCUACUGAAAAUAAGAAGCAGUCUCAGAUAGCGCCUGAAGGAAUGAUGUUUUCAACCAUUUUGAUUAUCAGUUUUCAUCCGGUUGGUUCAAAAAUUUCGCAUUGGAUAAAAUCUAAAUUUGGAAAGGAAUAAGAAUUUUUCAAUUUUAAACAUUGAUUCAACGUUUUUUCAAGCGAAGAGCUAUGAAAUUCGGAAAACAAUUGAUGAAUCUUCACAUUGUAAGAGUUUCUUUGUAACGCUACUGCGUCCGUAUCUACGUUUGAUAUGUGGUGCGCUUGUACGCAUCUGCUCUCUGUUAAUAAUUUUUGUCAUUUAUAUUAUUUAGGAUAAAAGUUCUGAACUUUUUUCUAGGAUGCUGAAGUCUCGGGUUUGAUAAAAUUAUUUUUAUUUGAUUUCCUUCAAUGAUUUUUUCCAGCUUUUCUUGACACGGAUGGACAAAGCCUAUCACAUAAAGUGUAUGUACAAAGAAGCGGCUCGAACUGUGACUGCAGCAAUUGACGUCAGGUGAGUAUUUCAGACUUUUUAACUUAUUUACAUCGCAACUCGACCAAUCUUUAUGACUUCUAAGGUUUGGAACUUUGAGAACUUGAAAAUAGAAGGUUUCAUAGAGCCUUGUGUAUUCAAAGGAAGAGAAUUUUCUAUUGAAUGAUUGAAAAUGCGUGAGGAACGUGUCGCCGACUGGGCCCCGGAGCCUCUCCUAAAAGGACGGAUCCUAAGCGGGACAACUCCGGGGUAGAUGGCGUUGAUCCCAGAUAAAUUUGGUUCAUCAUCAUCAAACAAACGCUUCAUAUACAAAAUCUUUAUAAUCUGGUUAUUACACGAAAAGACCGGAAAUACAGCUAGGAGGUGAGGUACAAAUCACACAUGUACAAAAAACCCAUACACCAGAAAAAUGGGAAAAACACGUGUUCCUAGUUGUCGAAAAGAUCCCUAGCUUAACCUAGCCUGGAUUGUGACUACCUUUCAAAAGAUUCCUAGUCCUGAUAUCCUGAGUGCUAAUUAGCCAACGAUUAGAACUAAACCCUGGGGACGCAUUCCAUCUAAGAAAGAAAUUGUCCCCGGCCAACGUGGGUAAAUUCCAAUGAAAACUAAAUCCGAAAUCUCAAUCCAAAAACAGAUGAGUAAAGUCCUAGUGUUCAAAUUGAACGAAAAAUGAGGUCCUGUCCAAGCAUGGAAUAACAAGGGAGAGCGGGAAACCAAGGGAGCUCAGCUCAACCAAAAACUCUACAUUAACCGAGUUUGCCAGUCAAGCAACCAAACAAAAGUUGCGACUGAGGAGACUCUUCCCUAAAAACCUUUCCAUUCGUUUCCCGCUCUUUUUUAACGAAGAAACAAAAAAUUUAAAAAAAAGAUCAAAAAAACUAUUAAUUUUGACCGCCGCGCCGUGGGCGCUUCCUCGUCCCUUGGUUCACCCCUUGAGGGAUCGUGCAGCGCGGUUGCUCGCAACUGCACUGGAAAAUUCCUUUUUAACCUUUAACCUAAGUUUCUUUUAAAAUCCUUUUGAUUUGUCCUUUUAUUUCCUAAAUUUCUAAUCCUGUUACAAACGUAGUACAUUCGAGGCUCAUUCAUAUCAUCAUCGAAGUUGAAUACAGUUCGUUCAAAAACUGGCUUCAAACAAACCACUCGACAGACGAGAAAGUCGGGUUUACGAUGCGUUGCAAAUCGUUUUUAUCCCUGAACCAUGCAAUGUUCAUCUCUUUUUUUGUAUCGCACGCAAAUUUUGAGACUAAUAUUCAUGCAAAUCGUUGCGAAUCGUCCAUCAUGAUUUUGAAUAGAAUGCAAUAUUUUUUGAACUUCUAUACAAUAUUAGUGUUAAGGUGACCAUUCAUAUUGACUUUUGAAUUUAUCUUUUUUCAGCAAUCUUCCAACGGAAUCAGUUUCAUCGAACCUUGCGAUGCCCACAUGCAGCUACACUAUAAGGAAAGACCAACUGGAUGGUCCAAUUCUCAGAUACGCCAAAGUGGGAGAUCAAGUUGUUCACCGGUGGCAAUGUGAUUCAGGUGAGUCUUUGAAAAAGAUCAAUAAUAAUCUCAUUUCUACCCGUCCUGUACACAUUAAAUGGCCUCUCUAAAUCAUUUUCAUGCAUUUCAGAGGAGUACGGAGUUCUGGUCCACAGCUGUUACGUGGAAGACGGUCAAGGAGAAAAGCAGAUGAUUGUGGACGAAAGAGGGUUGUUCAUAAUCUUUCUAUUUUUUAAGAACUUCAGUUUCAAGAUGUCAUACUGAUCACUUGCUUCUGGGUGACCCAACCUAUGUUGAAGCUCUUAAUAUGGCCUAUCGUGAAUCUUUCGUUUUCAAGUUUGCCGAUCGCAUAGCUGUUCGAUUUCAAUGCGAGAUUCGCCUUUGUCUCAAAGACGAUGGCGGAUGUGAUGGCAUAACGGUGAGAAUAUAAAUUUUAUUUAUCCUCUUCAGUACUUCGAACCGCCUUCGUUAUGCAUUUUCUUCUGUUUUUUUUUUUGAAAUUGUUUCAUGUAUCCAUAUGAAAAUGGCAUACUUUGUUGGAUAAGUUGGAAAAGGGUAAACAAAAUGAAACGAUUUUUGUAAAAAUUACAAGCAAAAGUGUUUCCAGCCGCCGCUAUGUCUUUACAAAGGCCCUCCACUGGACGAAGAGAUUGAAGCAAAAAUGGUUUUGUUUGAAUACCAAUAUAAAGAUGACGAUUUGGUUCCAGAGAAAAAAGCGUUCGAAAACUUUCAAGCCGAGGGAUGCAGACAUGUUUUCGCAAACAGUUUAUGUGAUGGACCAAGACGGCGACGAAAGUACGAUGCAUGGUUCUGAAUCUUCUAUUUUUGUUGGUCAUGAUCUAUUUACUCUCAGAACAACUUCGAGACGGCGAGUCGGUUUGCUUCACUCCAACGCUCUUCACUUCGAUAGUUUCUUCUGUCACACUCCUCUUGGUGUUUUUGACAUCUGUAGUUGGUUUUCUUGCGUACAAAAGAUACUUCUCUGACAAAUCAAUAAAUGUUGUCAAAAGCUUUUUCUGA